AUGGCGACCGUCCCCGCUCCCGCAGCCGAGACCGCGGCCUCCACGGCGCGCACCGUGAAGGAUGUCAACCCCCACGAGUUCGUCAAGGCCUACUCCGCGCACCUCAAGCGCUCCGGCAAGCUGGUGGAUUUCCUUUGUACUCAAGAUAUGAUGGAGCUUCCAGAGUGGGUUGACAUUGUCAAGACUGCAAGGUUCAAGGAGCUGCCACCUUCUGAUGCUGACUGGUACUACAUCAGGGCUGCCUCCAUGGCAAGGAAGAUCUACCUGAGGCAGGGAAUCGGGAUCGGCGGCUUCCAGAAGAUCUACGGUGGCCGUCAGAGGAACGGUUCACGCCCACCGCACUUCUGCAAGAGCAGCGGUGCUGUUUCCCGCAACAUCCUCCAGGAGUUGCAGAAGAUGGGCAUCAUUGAUGUCGACCCCAAGGGUGGAAGGCUCAUCACCUCCCAGGGAAGGCGUGAUCUGGACCAGGUUGCCGGAACUGUUCCUGCUGAAUUCUGA